CAACAGCAGCAGUUAGUCAGCCACCUCGGUCGCUUGCUAGACAAAAUAGCAGAACCAAUAAAUCUAUUUAGACGCUUUAGUGUAUAUUAGCCACUGAGUUUUAAACCCACUUCCUUCGUCGAGUUAGUCAUCCGAUUUAAUUUCAUAUUUACGGUGUUGUUGUUAUUAGUCAGUUAGCGGGCUGGUUAAGUUAGCAUUAGCCUCGCUAGCUAACAUUCCCGACCAUGAGCUCACUAAGGUUCUCCCCUCCUGCUGAAAAAGAGGAGGUUUGCUGGACGGAAAAAGAGGGACUGUGGCUUAACGUUGUUGUGAAAGAGGAGGCAGAGGAGUACACAAUACAAAAACAAGUGGAGGGAGAGGCUGUUACAGUGAAAGAAGAAGAGAAAGACGUUUCAGUUAAAGAAGAAGAAGACGCGUUCAGAGUGAAAGAGGAAGAGGAUGUUACAGUAAAAGAAGAGGAGGAAGAGGAUGAUGCGUGUUUUCGAGUGAAAGAGGAGGAGGGGGAGAUGACUGUGACAUUGAAAAAAGAGGAGGAAACUGGAUAUCUGGGCUCGGUUUCCCAAAGGCAUGUUAAGGCAUCCAAUGGUUCUAAAGUUGAACGGGCCCUGAUUAAUACUAGAGAGAGACAGGACUAUCGUGGAUCCUCUGGGGUGUCAACAGGAGAGAGAUGUGAGUAUCCUGGGUCCUCUGGGGAGUCUCAACAACAACAACAUGAUGCUGAAGAGGCAGAGAAGAGUCUCUUCAGAUCAGAACACCCCAAGAAACACCAGCAGAGACCCACAUUGACGAAUCCUUACUGCUGCUCUGACUGUGAGAAGAAUUGCAAAUCUUCAUCAGAACUUAAAAUACACCAGAGAAUCCACACAGGAGAAAAGCCGUACCACUGCUCUCAUUGUGGAAUGAGUUUCUCUAGAUCAUAUUCAUUGAAAACACACCUGCUAAUUCACACAGGAGAGAAAUCUUAUAGCUGUACUCAAUGUGGAAAGAGUUUUACUACAUCUUCCAAUCUGACUAAACACCAGAAAACACACACAACAGAGAAACCUUAUAGCUGUGAUCAAUGUGGGAAGAGUUAUGGUACAGCUAGCUAUCUGACUUUACACCAGAGAACACACACAGGAGAGAAAUCUUACAGCUGUGAUAAAUGUGAUAAGAGUUAUGUUACAUCUAGCUCUCUGACAGUACAUCAGAGAACACACACAGGAGAGAAACCAUUUAGCUGUAAUCAAUGUGGGAAGAGUUUUACUACAUCUAGCUCUCUGAAGGUACACAAGAGAACACAUACAGGAGAGAAACCCUGUAGCUGUACCCAAUGUGGAAAGAGUUUUACUCGAUCAAGCUCCCUGCAAAUGCACCAGAGAAUACACACAGGUGAGAAACCAUAUAGCUGUAAUCAAUGUGGGAAGAGUUUUACUCAGCCAAAUGGACUGAUAUUACACCAGCGCACACACACAGGAGAGAAACCAUAUAGUUGUACUCAAUGUGGGAAGAGUUUUAUACAGGCAAGCUGCCUGAAAGUACACCUGAGAACGCACACAGGAGAGAAAUCUUAACACUGCUCUGACUGCGACAAGAGUUUUGUUAGCUUAAGUGAUUUAAAAUCGCACUAGAGAACACAUACACAGGAGAGAAUCCUUAUAGCUGUGAUCAAUGUGACAAACGAUACUUUGAUAAAAGAUCUCUGAUCAGACAUCAGAAAAUACAUACAUGAAAGAGUUGUUUUCAUAAUGUCACAAUGUAGAGCCUAAACGUUUGUCCCCUGUUCUAUUGAUUUCAACAUGAUAUGGAUAUUAGCCUCACAGAAAAAUCCAGGCUCUGAAUUGAAAGGGUACUAUUUAUAUGAUUUAACAAAAAGUGACGUUACGACCCACUUGAAUCAAAAUGCAACACUUCAAAAUGUACAGUUGAAGUCGGAAGUUUACAUACCCCUUAGCCAAAUACAUUUAAACUCCGUUUUUCACAGUUCCUGACAUUUAAUCCUAAUUAAAAUUCCGUCUUAGGUCAGUUAGGAUCACCACUUUAUUUUCAGAAUGUGAAAUGUCAGAAAAAUAGUAGAGAGAAUGAUUUAUUUCAGCUUUUAAUUAUUUCAUCACAUUCCCCGUGGGUCAGAAGUUUACAUACACUCAAUUAGUAUUUGGUAGAAUUGCCCUUAAAUGUUUUAACUUGGGUCAAAUGUUUUGGGUAGUCUUUCACAAGCUGCCCACAAUAAGUUGGGUGAAUUUUGGCCCAUUCCACGUCAAAGAGCCGGUGUAACUGAGUCAGGUUUCUAGGCCUCCUUGCGCGUACACACUUUUUCAGUUCUGCCCAAAGAAUUUCUAUAUGAUUGAGGUCAGGGCUUUGUGAUGGCCACUCCAAUACCUUGACUUUGUUGUCCUUAAGCCAAUUUGCCACAACUUUGGAAGUAUGCUUGGGGUCAUUGUCCAUUUGGAAGACCCAUUUGCGACCAAGCUUGAGCUCUGUCCUGGGCAGGUGCUCUAUCCAAGUUUUAACUUCCUGACUGAUGUCUUGUUGCUUCAAUAUAGCCACCAAAUUUUCCUUCCUCACGAUGCCAUCUAUUUUGUGAAGUGCACCAGUCCCUCCUGCAGCAAAGCACCCCCACAACAUGAAACUGCCACCCCCGUGCUUCACGGUUGGAAUGGUGUUCUUCGGCUUGCAAGCAUCCCCCUUUUUCCUCCAAACAUAACGAUGGUCAUUAUGGCCAAACAGUCCUAUUUUUGUUCCAUCAGACCAAAAAGUACGAUCUUUGUUCCCAUGUCCAGUUGCAAACCGUAGUCUGACUUUUUUAAGGCGGUUUUGGAGCAGUGGCUUCUUCCUUGCUGAGCGGCCUUUCAAGUUAUGUCAAUAUAGGACUCGUUUUACUGUGGAUAUAGAUUAUUUUGUACCUGUUUCCUCCAAAAUCUUCACAAGGUCCUUUGCUGUUGUUUUGGGAUUGAUUUGCACUUUUCACACCAAAGUACGUUCAUCUCUAGGAGACAGAACGUGUCUCCUUCCUGAGUGGUGUGACGGCUGCGUAGUCCAAUGGUGUUGAUACUUGCGUACUGUUGUUUGUACAGAUGAACGUGGUACCUUCAGGCAUUUGGAAAUUGCUCCUAAGGAUGAACCAGACUUGUGGAGAUCUACAAUUUUUUUCUGAGGUCUUGGCUGCUUUCUUUUGAUUUACUAAUGAUGUCAAGCAGAGGCACUGAGUUUGAAUGUAGGCCUUGAAAUAUAUCCACAGGCACAUCUCCAAUUGACUCAAAUUAUAUCAAUUAGCCUAUCAGAAGCUUCUAAAGCCAUGACAUCAUUUUCGGGUAUUUUCCAAGCUGUUUAAAGGAACAGUCAACUUAGUGUAUGUAAACUUCUGACCCACUGGAAUUGUGAUACAGUGAAUUAUAAGUUAAAUAAUCUGUCUGUAAAUAAUUGUUGGAAAAAUGACUUGUGUCAUGCACCAAGUAGAUGUCCUAACCGGCUUGCUAAAACUAUAGUUUGUUAUCAAGAAAUGUGUUGAGUGGUUGAAAAACGAGUUUUAUUGACUCCAAACUAAGUGAAUGUAAACUUCCGACUUCAACUGUAGCUAGCUGUUUACCACGUUGGUGACCCACUUGAAUCAAAAUGCAACACUUCAAAAUGUAGCUAGCUG